CGCCUCGGUCAUGGUCUAGUAGGGCAUUGUACAAUCAUGGCUUGGUCUGCUUACUUUCCAGACUUCUGAUUUCGGCAACUUUUCGUUCUGCCAUACGACAAAACGACAAACUCAAUUUGUUCCUUUGCGUGCUGGAUGCCGGGACUCGACAAAUAAUCAUUUGAUUGCUCAGCAUUCAGAAUGCCGGUGCAAACGGUUCGCCAAGCUGCAAAUCAGGUUCUUGAAGCCAAUGGAUCUCAAGAUACCCUGGUCACUGCCAAUUGCCUCAUGAUGGAAUACGGUGUCGGCUUGAGAAGCACUUCACCAUCUUCAGGCGCAGCAGUUACAUCACUCCCAUCUCCCGAUCGAAGCACGGCCCGAAAUCAGAGAAGCAGCAGGAAUAACUCGGCGCAAGUUGGCAACUCGGGGGAAGAGACACGCGUAACGCGUGGUGCCAACGCCAUUAGGCAGAGACAAACGUCUCGCCAACCCAGCUCCAGCAGUCGGCGAUCCGAACUCCAGCGAGAAGAGCGGCCAGUGGCGACCCGGCAGGACUGGCCUGCCCUUGACGAAGAUGGUGGGGGACGCGGUCUGCACAAGACCGACAGCCUGCCACAGACUCUUGACCCCGCCAGUGUACUCCAUGUUGAGCCGCCCGAAGGGAAAAUGGACUCGAUAGAGUCAACCCAGUCAAACACCGGCAGGAGUUAUGACAAGUACUGCCAUGGAUCAUCUCCCGGGCAUUCACUGCCUACUUCCGCGGAUGCGAGGGUUGAUAAAUCAAUAAGGAGCAGCAGUCCGAGACGCGAGUUCUUGGAGGAGGAUGACAUCGGGGCUGUUCGCUUUGACUUUGCCAAUGCCGGAGACACCACUAAGACGGUCUCGCCGGGUCAAGACGAUUCCGGCUUCGUCGACUUUGGAAGUCUCGCUCAUCUUCGCCCCACCCGCUGUGAGAGCGCCGCUGAUUCACCUGCUCAACCCCUCCCGGAGACGCCUGCACCACCACAAAACCCUUUCCGGCACAGCCGGUCCCAACUGCUGCCGACGUCACAGUUAUUCCGAGGGACUCAACUCUCAUCCCCAGCGAAACAUGCUACCCCGACGUCCUCCAGGCCAUCGCCCGCCAAUUUUCCCAACUCGAUUUCACCAAACCCGGUUAUCUCGUCUCCCCUGAAGACGCGUGGUCUCCGCUCUUCGCCCAAUCUAGGCCCUACAUCGAGCUCAGAGAUACUUCCUGGCACGACUUCUUCGAGGCUCGAUAAUGCCCUUAGAAGUCCCACCAAUCCUGCUUCAACCCAAAACCCUGUUGUUCCGGAUUCAUCUCAUGGCGAGCCCUUCAGGAAGAAAUCACUGCCGGAACCAAUGGGCACGUACGAGCCCAUGCAUAAAUCUCAAGAGAGACGCGCAACUUCCGAAGUGCGGUCUGAUCCUAUCAGUCCUGCCCAAGAGGAGGAGGACGAUGACGACUCGAUUGCCAGGAGGAGAAGAGCAAAGCUAAAGAAAAAAGCUGCGCUCAAGCAGUUAACGGCCAUCAACCUCCCCAUAAAGUCAGAUGAUAUUGAAGUGCCGUCAACAAACCAGGGGAGGCGAAAGAGACAGCCGAGGCAGCCAGGGACCUCUACUGCUCAAUGCCACAACGGAGAUACGGCCGGUCAUGACUCGAGAGGCGCGGAUGUCGUCGUAGAGUCUCAGGCGCAACGCCCGUCUGCCGUUUCACACCAUCUCGAAGAUCAACACCCUGGAAGGGCGGAAGUGAACGGCGAACUAGAGCCGGCAACAGAGCCAAUGCCAAGUGCAGUCCCCGAGCUUCCGAGGUCGGAUAGUCAAGUGGCGCGUCGGGAUAGUCGUACCGAAGGCACAUCCAACGCUGAUGCGAUCCCCGAGACGAGUCCAGCUAGGAGAGGGCUUGGGGGUCGCUCAGAGGUUGUGCUGCCUUCUGAACUGCCUGUGAUGGAGGCCGAGUCAACCCCUGAUUUUCGAUCUUCCCCGCCGGCGUUCAAUACGAGGUCCAGAAGAGGUAGGACUAUAGAAGGGCAUGAACGUGCCCCAAGUUCGACCUCAACUUUGAGCGAUUUAGCUUCCACGCCGCCCGUACCGUCCAGCAAGGCUCAGGAAAAUGGGAACAUAGGCCCCGACAUGUCUCCGGCUGCUUCUACGAUCGUCGCUACGUCUUCUCCCUCCGUUCAUCAAACAGGAAAACGUCAGGCACGAGCGAGUUUGCCAAAGCUCAAAACCGGCUCGGCGGAAAAUCUGAGGCAUUCUGCAAGACUGGAUAGGCGAGCUUCAAGCUCAACCGACGAGCUCUCCAGGUCCAUGUCAGCAACACCUACUUUUGAACAGAGUCUGCGUAUCUCACGCCUUGCCGCUUCCAGGUCGGCAUCACGAUCUGGACGCACAGUCAUCAAGCCUCCACCGCCUCAAAGAGGCAGGAGACUAUUUGACAGCAUGGCCUUUGCAAUAUCUUUUCAGGCAAAAAAGCCAGGUGAGAGCAGUGACCAGUACAACACGCGGAUGGACUUCGCGGCUACAGUGGAGACCCGAAUCAAACAAGCCGGCGGCAGGAUUCUUGAAGAUGGCUUCAACGAGCUGUUUGAGGUUCUGCCCACUGGGGCCUCAACAAGCAGCCCUGCAUCAAGCUCAGGCACAGACCCGGAAGGGAAGAUCAGCCUGACUGCCGAGGCCCGCUCGACCGGCUUCACCGCACUAAUUGCAGACGGCCACUCGCGCAAGGUCAAGUACAUGCAGGCGCUGGCCCUCGGUUUGCCGUGUAUAGCCCCUCGCUGGGUCACGACCUGUCUGGAGCGGAACGAGCUCGUCGAUUGGGCCCCGUAUCUCCUCUGCGCCGGCCAAUCGACAUUUCUCGGCGAUGCCAUUCGCUCCCGGACUCUGAUACCCUACGACGUCACCACCGCCAGGUUGGUCGACGUCCUGGGCCAGCGGGCGAAGCUCUUGGAGGGCAGCAGGAUCCUUGCGGUGGUGAAGAAGGCCUUGGAGGACAGGAAGAAGGCGUACAUCUUUCUUGUGCGUGUGCUGGGCGCGUCGGUCUCGCGGGUGUGCAGCUUUGAGGAAGCAAGGGCGGAGCUGAAAGCUGCCGAGCAGGCGGGCCGUCCGUUUGAUUGGGUCUAUGUGGACGGGAAACCGAACGAGGAGGCGCUGUUUUCCCCCAAGCCUCCCGUUGGCGGGAAGAAGAGGAAGAGGACGAGUAAGGCGGGAGCCGCCGUCGCUGCUGCUGCUACUGCUGAUGAGCGUCCGGUGAAGAGGGUUCGGACGCUAACUCAUGAAUGGGUCGUUCAGAGCCUGAUUCUCGGUCGGCUCCUUGAGGAGGGGGAAUUGCAGGAGUGA